AUGAACACAUUAGAGAAAGGAAAAUGUUUCAAAUGGCAGAUGUCAUCAGUGGUAGAUAAAGUACGUCGCGGUGUAGCGAAAACAAUACAAGCAGCUUCCGAAGGUGAAGCAUUUGACACAUUACCAGAUUGUGAUAUUCUUGGGAUAAGUAAUCGAUUUACGAUUAAAAUUUUACCUUCUGAUGAGUUAAAGCCUUCCGCAUCCCGUUUCACACCGGUUCAUCUUGUCGUUAAAGCCAAAAAAGGUAAUCGUCAAAUUGUUUAUAACUGUGAAAUGAUCGCUGCGCAAGGAGUUGUAGUGAAAACAUUACAAGGCAAUACAGUAAUGGAAAUAAGACUUCCGGAUAAUUCUCAAAAUUCCAUGGGUAAAAUUUUACAUCCUGCUGGAUCAACAUUGUAUAAGGUUGAACAAGUAAAAUGUCAAUCAUUUAGUCAAAGAUAUGUGAUUUCAAAAUUUGGUGAACCAUUUCUGAAUGUUGUUAAUACACCAGUUACACAAAUUUUUGGAUCAUUUAGUAGUAUAUUGCGAUAUUUCUACCUCAUUAAUGCUGAUCAAGCACUGGAAUUUUUCAAUUUAAGCAAUGAAAAGAUUGGUUUUCUGAGGCCGUCGUACUUCUCAACAGCCAAAUCUCUCAUUAUUAAUUACAGUGAUCAAACAGCAGUUCAAGAACGAGCUACUAUGCUAGGCGCAAGCAUACUAUUUCUAAUUGUUGCUGUUCGACCGGAAUAUGGAAUAAUGCUGCAGAAUACAUUGCAUUAA